UAUUUGUUAUUUGAUUCUAUUCGUUAACUGACAAAAUUUUAAAGUUCUGAUCAUUCAGCAUUGUAAAUUUACGCUCUUAUCAUUAGAUACAUUGUAUAAAAUAUUAUUUUAUGACUAUUAUUGAUUGACAAUUAACUUUUUUAUUUCAUAAAUAUACAUCGGGGAAAUUCCAAAAGUUAUGAGUUUCCUAGCAGCUGUGUUAGCCUCGGCAGGUGAGGUUGAAAUGACAGACUUGGAUAAAAAUGUAUCGGAACUUAAGCACAAAAUCGCUAACCUUGAAUAUGAUAUCAAAGAUGCGAUGGAACAGCGUUACAUGAAGUUUGCCGUUGUGUCCAGGGAUGCAGCCUCAUUGUUAGAUACUGCUCAGUCCUAUUCAAGUCAAAUCAAUAAUUUAAUAUCUCGGAUUGAUAAUCAAACAAAGCGAGAAGUUGCAGAUGCAAUGUGUGAUUUAAAAAUGUUUAAAUCUACAUUAGAAGAGAGCAAGUUCAGCUUAGAUGUUAUCGAACAAGUGCUUGUUGUUAGUAUGAAUCUUAUGCAUGAUAACCAAGCAAAAUUAUUAUUGGUUGAUAGAAUAAAAAACUUACAAACUGCAAAAGAAAUAUUGUUAAAUAAUGAACAAUUAUCUAAAUUGAAUGUAUAUAAACAUUUAAUGCGUGAACAUCAAAGGCUUACAGAUGUCUUACAUUCUAAUUGUGUCACAUCAUGGAGAAAACAAAUUGAAUGGGAAGAAAAUACUUUAGAUGACCAAGAAUCCUGGAAAACUACAUUAAAAAUAUCAGGCAAUAAAGAAGACAUCUGUGAUAGUAUAUACGGAUUACAAUACUUUGAUGCUUUAGACGCCGAAGUAAAAGAAUUUGCCAAUAAGCUGAUGAAUUUAAUAAUAACACCAAUAAUCAUUCAGAAUUACGAAGUUUCUGUUAGCCGAACUAUGCAUUAUUCUACAUUGACGUUAAAAAUUUCAAAACAUGACGAUGGUUUUUUAUUUACUAUUAUAAAUAAACUUAAAAAAGUUUUGGAGUUUUUGAAGAUUAUGCUGCCUACAGAUAUAGAUAACGUUCAAAUUAUGCCUUAUUUAGGAUCUUAUAUAAAUCAGCCUUUUUGUAACAUUUUCAAUAGUGUUGCAUUGUUUAAUGCUGUACCCGUUAAACAUAACCAGCUUGAAGAUUUUCAAGAAGAGUUAAAAGCAGUAUACGAGUUUAAUAAUUAUUUAAACAAAUUAGGUAUUUUUGAGGAGUUCAAUAAUGACAUAAUCAAAAACAUAGAAAACAUUGAUCAAAUAUUUUUUGACAAAGUUAGCCAAGUGUAUUAUGAUAAAGCUAGGAGUAUUAUAAAAGAAGAUUUGCAUGACCUAAUUGAAGUUAACAAUGAAAGGCAAUGGACAUCUGAAGAAGAUACUAAAGAUGACAAUGGCUUUUGUCAACAUUUUUUUGCAUAUCCACAAAGUAAAGUGAGCAAGUCAUUAUUAGAAUUACUGAAUCUUAUAGACACCAUAACAUCAGAAAUGUCAAGCACAUCAGAAAGCAGUGCAUGGCGUUAUCAUGAUAUACUUAACAACAUUACGAUUAUGUAUUGUGACAUGAUACCACUUCAGCAUUGUAAAACAUUAGAACUGCAUCCUCAGCAGUCUGCUAUUCUUUACAAUAAUAUAAUGUAUUUUACGCGUAAAUUAGCUGAAAUGAGUCCAAUUUAUAAAAACCUUCUCAUUGUUCAUUUACUUGAAAAAUUAAAAAAUUUAGCAAGUGAAAUAUUACACACUCAAUGCAAGCAACAAAUUAUACAGAUGGAAAAAACUGUUAACCAAUCAGAUCUUCUUGCAAUGGCAGUAAAUUCAAAUUUAGGUUAUUCAGUUGAAAAAAGCAUUGGCGAGUGCUAUAAUCAUCUUUCAGUUUUAAGCGGAUUGUGGAAAAACAUUUUGCCAUCUACAGUUUAUUGUAAAUUCAUGGGAUACUCUUGUAAUGGACUAUUUGAGUGUAUUAUCAGUAUGAUGUUUAAAUUGCAAGAUAUAUCAGCAACGUCAGCUGGACAGUAUUCAAAUAUAUUCAACAAAAUUAUUAAAGAUGUUCCAAUCUUAUUCCCAGAACCAAAAGAAGUGCAUAGAUAUAUACCUAAAUGGUGGCAAUUAAAUGAAUUAGUUUAUGUUCUGAGUUCCAGUAUGAAAGAUAUUGAAAAUCGAUGGGCAGAUGGUAAAGGACCAUUGGCUAAUGAAUUGACUGUGGAACAAAUUAAAGGUUUAUUGAAAGCUUUGUUUCAAAACACUGAUCGGAGAGCAGCUUUACUAAAACAUAUUAUGGCUACUUCAAAAACAUAAGAUAUUGUAGUUUGUUUCAAGUUUUUAAUUUGAAUCAAAAAAAAACUUGAGAGUCAUACUUUUUUAUAUUAUGAAAACUAUGUUUUUUAUAUUCUGUUAUGUGAUUUGUAUUUAACGUUAUUUGAUGCAGUAAAUUACUGAUUUAUAAAUGUCACUUUUUAAAAUUUAACAGAGGUAUAAAGU